CGGGGAUAGAACUCUGGCGGGCGGGAGAUUCGGCAAAGUGUAACAUACCCAUGAAGUGCUGCCUGGCCAGGGAAUGGCCAUCAUUCGAUUUCACACUUGCAGCCAUCAGCCCAGAUACUGAGGCAAUGUAAUUUACAAGAUGACAUCAUGGUGGGAUCGGCAUGUAUUGAGACACUGCAGCCAGGACAAGAAUCAAGGAGAGUGCAGAUAUUUAUCUUUUUGGUAAACCAUGACUGAAUAUGAUGGUCUGAUCAAUGAAUGCCCACUUCUAUUGCCUCAGAACAAACAGAAGACUGUCUUUGAUGGCUUCAUUAUGGUUAAGAGAGAAGUACUGCUGGGAGAUCUCAGUCACCCACCAAUUUGGUAUCCAUCAGUGAGGGAUUGGUCCACUCUUUGGCAGAUAAUCAAGGACAAGGAAUUUCGUGUAAGGAUACUGUUACCUGAACAGAAAUGUCUGAGACGUGCAAGGCUUCAGUGCAGCUGGCAGUUAAAACAAGUCUUGCAUGGAUACCAGCACAUUGUGAAGCAGAGACUACAACACUGCUCUGACCUGGUCAGUUUUAUGUUGGAGUUUAAAACUGUUUUGGAAAUUGCACUAAGGAACAAACGCGACCUGCAAUCUCCUCCUCCUCCACAGUAUUAUGCGCAACUUAUUAAAGAAAUUGGAAGUUUGGGUUGGGAUAAACUUGCUUAUAUAGAUGCAGAGUUCAAAACCAUUAAGCUGAAGGCUGAGGAUUCUGCAGGUCGAGAGCAUAUGAUCACAAUUAAGUUAAAAUCAAAGUAUCCAGCUGAACCACCUGAUUGCUCCACAGAUUUUCCUGUUCCACUUGUGAUUUCUUGGACACAGCAGAGCUCCUUAACAAACCUCCACAGUCAGUUCCUGGCAGCACUGGAGUCACUGCAGGAAUUCUGGGAUGUUAUGGAUGAAAUAGAUGAGAAAACCUGGGUCCUAGAACCAGAAAAACCAGCACGGGCUACCACAACACGGAGAAUUGCCAUAGGUAACAAUGCUUCAAUAAAUGUGGAAGUGGAUCCUAGACAUUCUAAAAUGUUGCCUGAAUGCUGCUUCCUUGGUGCUGAUCAUGUGGUAACUCCACUGAGGAACAAGCUGAACACUAACAUGCAUCUUUGGUCUCCGGAGUGCACUGUGUUGCAAAACCUGAAGGAUAUGUUGGAGAUAGACUUUCCAUCCCCUGCCACCCAUGAGAAGUCUAGUUUCAAUAUGGAAUGUGGAAUUUGUUAUGCAUACCGACUCGCUUCAUCCAUACCAGACCAAGUAUGUGAUGACCCCCGUUGUGGGCAGCCAUUCCAUCAAGAGUGCCUUUAUGAGUGGUUACGAGGGCUACCUCACUCUAGACAAAGUUUUAACAUCAUCUUUGGAGAAUGUCCUUACUGUAGCAAGCCAAUUACAGUAAAGAUGACUAUCAAGAAACCCUAACCACUGAAGAGUGAAGAUUCCUGCUCUGGAUAUUUGUAAACAAAAUGUCUCAUUUCUAUGAAGUUGGCAAUCUAUCCACAAUUUAACAACCUUAUUAAUCU